CCAGAUAGAGCGCGCGACAGGCGGGCAGGGCGAGAGAGAGAGAGAGAUGGACAUCGCCGCCGACGACCUCCGGCAACGGUGUUUCCUCUCGCUGGCCGUCCUCGGCGCCCUCUACCUCGCCGCUGUCACGCUCCGUCUCCUGGACUGCCUCGGCCUCCCCAGCCUCCUGCGCCGGCCGACGAACCUCCGCCGCCGCUACGGCGCGUGGGCCGUGGUCACCGGCCCGACGUCCGGCAUCGGCCGGUCCAUGGCCCUGGAGCUCGCGCGCCGGGGCCUCAGCGUCGUCCUCAUCGGCCGCGACCCCGACAGGCUCUGCGACAUCUCCGACGCCAUCACUAGGAACCACGCCGUGCAGACCAAGACCGUCGUGUUCGACCUCUCCCUCGUCUCCACCACUCAAGGCGACGAGGCGAUGCGGCGGCUCCGGGAGGCCGUGGAGGGGCUGGACGUGGGGGUGUUGGUGAACAACGCCGGCGUGGCGAAGCCGUGCGCGGUGUACCUGCACGAGUUCGACGUGGAGGCCUGGAUGAGGAUGGUGCGGGUGAACCUGUGGGCGCUGACGGAAGUGGCGGCGGCGGUGCUGCCGGGGAUGGCGGCGCGCGGGAGGGGCGCCGUCGUGAACAUCGGAUCCGGGUCAACGGAGGCGAUCCCCUCCUUCCCCCUCUACACGGUCUAUGCCGCCACCAAACGGUAUGUUGCUCAGUUCUCCAGGAGCCUUUACGUUGAAUACAGAAGCAAAGGGAUUGAUGUGCAAUGCCAGGCCACCAGUCAGGCCUGUUCACUGACAAACGGGCACCCUCAAUCAAGCAGACCCCAUCUCCAUUCUACAGCGCGCCUGGCAAAGCAGCAGUGGUGCCCAACUGUUUGUGUACAAGCCAUAAAAGCAAACGCUUCAUUGCUUGUACAUACAGUUCACCUACUAGCAGACUUGUACCAUGUCUUGAAUUCGAUCAAAGUGAAGCCACAGGCAGGUUAAAAUUUGUACAAUCUCAUCCAAUGUUUUCCCAGGACAGCUACUCUAGUUUAGAAACGGGAGUAGUUCCCCCGUCUUUGUCAUUGGGGUAGUGCUGCUUUUCUUAAAAGUUUUUUCUAAUUUUUUCGUAUUUUUUUGGAAAUCGAUUUCUACGGGCGUGACCCGCCCGCCCCUACAAAUAUCAUUUUCAAAGACGGGCACGUUAACCGCUCCUAAAAAUUACAUUUUUAGCUACGAGAAUUAGGAACGGGUAUCGCAUCCGCCCCUAAAAAUACAUUUAUACACGUUCCUAAAAAAUUAUUUUUUAUAGUGAAACACAGGUCAUUGUAUUUAGAGGAUGAUGAAAAUACAGAAUUUCUUACGACAACGCGGAGCGGUUAGCACUCACUACCGCUCGACCAUCCCUACAAGGUGCUUAGCACCAACAUGCAACCAGGCAGAAGCUUCCAUGGAACCCAAAAACAACCAAAGUAAGAGCAGCCGCCUCAUCAAGCCAGCUAUACAUGUGGUAGCGUCCCAUUCUUCCUCAGGGACGGGAAGAGCUCCUAGCUGCGUCCAAGUAUUUGAGGCUAAAGUUAACAUUAAAAUAUUCAGCAAUCGUGUUCUUGGCUGGCUUGAGUGCUCUUCCUGCGCAGGGACACCACCAAAACGCUGCAUGAGCAACACCUCAGCUCUCUUGGACGACACAAUCUUAACCAAAGGUUGCUUGGCAAUCCGUCGGCUUCUUUUGGGGAGGCUUGGGGCAGGCGAUUCACCCGCAAAUACCGGCGCCACCAUCUUCAUCCUCCUAGAGGGCUUCGGUGCAAGCGACGUUUAGAUUUUACGCUUGACCUCACCAAUAGAGCGCCGAAGCCUGCGUCCCUGGGAUCCCGAGUAGUCGGCUUCACCAUGCAUGCUUGGCGCUGGCACGUUGGGAGCUGGUGUGUCACCAGCGUCCCCAUUCGACGCGCUAGUGGCAAACGGAGCGAAAACAUCGUCUGCUAGUCCAUCCGUCAACGUGGCAACGGCGGCAGUAACAGCCGUCGUCGCACCAACACCAUAUAGUUUAUUGAUAGGAAAGCUUAGAUUAUUAGCAAAGACAAAGGAUAAAGAGAUUAUUGACUUAAAUAACAAAUAUUGAACAUAGGUUGAUUGAUGUGAUGUGGGAUUAUUGGGGUUGUGAUUGUGUGAAAGAGCUGCCAAACCUGCUAUAAUUUGGUACUUAAUUAGGUGUGUCGAAAUUACGAUGAGUAGCCAGUUGAUUAAUCCGAGCAGUUCUGCAACCACUUUCAUUAAGAAAUUGUACUACUAGUUUUCUUUUCUCCUUUUAUAAAAUCAAAAGGAUGGAAUUGAAGUCCUUUUCUGAUCAUCCUCUACGUGAGCAAAUCCCAAGAAAGUGAGUACACUUGUGCCCCGUCGGUGUGGUUGGCGGCUGAUUGGACUCGCAAAGGGUUCCUAGCUCUUCACAAUUUGUUGCCAAUAAUGUUGGAUAACACGAUAGAUAGACAAACGGGUUGGCAAAUCCAGUGUAUGUAGUCGUUCAGACUGUGACUUAUUAGCAUAGAAAAUCUUGGCAUGCAUGUCUAUGUCUCUAAAAGAAACAACUAACUGCUCAUGCCGGC